AUGGUUGUUCAGUGGGUUAUUAAGCGAUUGAAGAUGGCCGGAAUAGAAACAACCAUGAGACAAAGCAUGACAUGGCUGAAUCCGUAUCAAGAAAAUAUUGAAGAACAUGAUGGAUUAAGGAAAAGGCGAAAAAGAACACUUGAAGCUGAUGGCCUUGAGAUUUUAUGUGUUGUGCCUUGUACGCAAGCCAUGAACACCGAUGAGGAGGAUAAUGUGAUAUUUGUAAAGGAAGAACAGAGCAAUUUCAUAUCUAAAUUUCCCCAACAGAUCUACUUCAUGAAAGUAGUUUGGAAGGACAUACCAACGAGCUGUUGGGUGCACCAUACGAAAAUUUUCUCUUAUCCACUGGAGUGGAAGACGACAACGAUUCAACAGAGGGGGGUAUUGAAGAAACACAGCUGUAUGACAAUGACCCAGCCCUUCCUGUAUUUCGGGGUGGGUUGACCAAAGGUGUAUCAACAGAUGAGGUAGCGGCGAUACUUCUGAGAGAGAAUGUUGAUCAAGCAAAGAUAGCCACAAAGGUUCCAACAAACGUGAGUAAAAACACUUCGUUUAUUGUUGAUACCACGAAGCUUCGGAGUGAUCAAGAUGUGAAGUGUGACGAUCUUGGUGCGUGGAAUUAUACUGGAACCAAAAGGUUUGGCUACUCAUUGGACAACGCAGGAGUGAUCCACAGGGAAGAUGACUUGGCAAACAAGCCACAAUAUCAACUAAGUCGUCAAUUCUUCAAAAACAAAAGUCUGCCAUCACUUCGCAAAAUCGUUGUCAUGGCCCGUAAUAUGGUUUCCAGUCUCCCUAAAGACUUAUGCUUUAUUCAAUAUAUUUUUGAAGAUGGAGAACAAGAAGUGGACGUCAAAGCUCAUGGGAAUUGCAAAAAUAACAAUUUUGGAAAAACUGGCU